CUCCUCUCACCUCGCAAACACACACGCGCGCGCAGAACAGUUUCGUCGAUCGAUCGAUGGGGAACUCGUACAGCAGCAACGGCGGCUCGCCGGCGGCGGCGGGGCAUAUGCAGGCGCCGGAGCUGCCGCUGCACCUGUGCUUCUUCCUGGUGGUGCUGCUGGCCUUCCUCGGCUUCUCGUGGUACACGAGCUACGAGUCGGCGGCGGAGCGGUUCGCCGACCAGGCGCGGCUGCUGCUGCUGGCGUCGCCGCUCGCGCUGCUGCUUGCCGUGCGGCUGCUGUCGGGCGCGGGCGGCGGCUGCGGCGAGGGCGGCGGGGGCCGGCGCGGGGUGGAGCAGCUGCUGUCGCUGCCGAUGCCCGAGCGGGACUCCAUCCACCGCGCCGGCGGCUCGCCGUGGGGCGUCGGCGUGCUGCUCGCGCUGCUCGUCGUCAUGGUGUCCUACCACUCCAGCUUCCGCGACAGGUGGUUCCCCCUCGUCAGCCGGUGACGGACCAACGUGUUCAUCACCAUCCAAUCGGAGACUGCUUCGUCUGCUAAUCGAUUGGUGUUCUUGAUGAUGGUUUUUUUUUCUUUUUUUGUUUCUUCUUCAUUGUCCAUGUAAAAGUGUAAUAUUUUCUCCUCUUGAAAAUACAGCUGCGUGCCAUGCCACGUUGUUUGCCAGUCGAAACGAAUCAGUGGUGUCAGAUUAAAUUUUAAGA